CAUAUCUAUGUUUGUAUCUGUCUCUGUUUUUUCCUCAGGUUACAUACACAUGGUACAGAUGUGCACAAGAUGUGAAAGGAGAAAGUGAAGGAACAUAAAAAGUCAAAGAAGAUGGGCACCUUUGCUUUUGUUGACAUCUAUGAUUUCUAAGGAGGUAAACAUGAAUUAUGUCCUUGAUAUUAUGUGCAGAACAGAUGCAUUGGCUUUAAGCAAGUGGGGAAAAACUAAGAAAUAAGGAAAGAGCGAUGGAUUUUAGAUCUUUUGUAUUCCUUCAUGGUCUUCAAGCUUUUUGCGUGCAUGAAUGGAAACUUUGGGAUUCAAAAAGUAAAAUACAGAAAAUGGAAAAAUUGAGAGAGUGUUACAGAAUUAUUUUCAUGAUCAACUGGGACCUGUUCAGAAAUUUGAUGCUCUUGAACCUGACAGUCCAUUCUGUCAUGGUGUCAUAGUUCACCUCUCAAACCACUCACUGUCCCUGGAAUACCACUAUGAAUCUGACCCCAGAUCAGGCGCCAACCCAGCUCUUCAACCUUCCCAGUGCAUUAAACCUUCAGCGUGAGUUUCAAAACCAGAGCAGGUCUGCUCCAGCCAGCUUUUUCAACAGCACCUUCUUCCAGGAUAAUUCGGCUUUAGAAUGGCAGCUGUUCCUUACCAUCCGAGAACCUGGCACCAUUAUCUUGACUGUCCUUUACUCCGUUUCCUUCCUUGUGGGUUUCUUUGGAAAUGUCAUGUCCCUCAAAGUUUUGUUGGGUCAACACGGAAGUGUGCGUCUGUCAGGUGCAUGCGCCACUCGCUGUCUGCUGAUAAACUUGGCAGUAUGUGACCUGGCGGUGGUUUGCGUGUGCAUGCCCAUCACUCUGGGUCACCGAAUCUAUACACCAUGGGUGUACGGGGACUUCCUGUGCCGUGCUGUGCCCUUCACACAAGCCAUGUCAGUUUCUGCCAGCGUCCUGAGCAUCACUGUUAUCAGCAUUAGUCGGUACUAUGCAGUUCACUCGCCGCUACAAUCUCGUGCCUACUUCACCCGUCGACGUAUCCUCAUCUCCGUCACUGUUGUGUGGCUAAUCUCCUCAGUGAUCUGCAUGCCAGUCGCCGUUGUUACUCGACGUGAUGAAGUAGCUUUGAUUGAAGGACUGGCCAUCGUACUGCCCAUUUGUGGAGAGGUGUGGCCUCAACCACGCUUGCGACAGGCGUACAAUGUCCUGCUCUUCAGUGCCCUCUACUGCCUCCCUGUUGCGUUUAAUCUCACCCUAGCCUUCCUCACAUGUCAUCGGCUUCAGAGCACUGGUGAGGCGGGUAGGUUCACAGAGCUGGACCCCCGCUCACAGGCACUUCAUGAAGCAAGACUACAGGGGCGGCGGCAAAUCGCCCGUAUGGUCGCAGCUUUGGUGAUGCUUUUUGCUCUGUCCUGGUUGCCCAUGUAUGUGGCUGAUAUGUGGCUGGACCGUGAGCUACACCAUCCACCAGAAUGGCUACUGCAGGCCAGGCCCUUUGCACAGUGGCUGGGCCUCACAAACUCUUCUCUAAACCCCUUCUGCUACUGUUUCAUUGGUGACCUCCACCGCUCAGCCAAGGCUUUGCGUCUGCGCCUCAUUGGCCCAUCUUCUGCCUCAGCACUGGCACUAGCUUCGCUACCCAAAGUCUUCCACCUGCAGAAUCAAGAUAAAGAUCCAGAGGAUACCACUGACAACUCAAUCAACUCCUGUGGGGAGGAUGCUGGGAAUCUGAGUCUGUCGUUUUGGUGGACCCAAGCUAGUACGUGUGAUUCAAUGAGUUUACCAUACCACCUGACGGAAUCAGCUACUGCACUUGAUGCAUAGUAAAACUGAUACAUUGCUGAAACAUUUUCAUUCAGAAAUUGAAAUAGAAAUAGAAGAGUUGUGCUUUGUAUUUAGUGAUUCUUAAAAGCUAAAGCUAAAUAUCAAUAAAUGUGUAUUCACUCUUCAAAACAAAAAAGGAACAACUGUCAGUCUUGAACUGUGGAAUACUCAGUGGAUUACAUGUCAGUUCCUAGUCUACAAUCAUUGUUUUUUCAUACACAUUCUCCAUUUGGAAUUGAGGACUGAAUGUCACACCAUAUUUUGAUUAAAUAUUUCACUUUCCAGUUGAAGUAGAUGUAACUCUAUGUACAGUGUUGAA